AAAAAACUAAUCCAAUUAUACAGACAGUCAAACAGCAUCAGAGCCGUUAACGCGUAUUGAGGUUGAAACGUGUCGCACUCUCAGCCCACCGUCACGUUUCUGGGCACACAAUUGAAAUAGAAGCUCGCUCGCAAAGCUCUUCUGCUAGAAAGAAAGAGAAGAAUAGAAAUAGAAAGAAGCACAUCACAUAUUCUCUUAUUCAACAACGUGAGUCGCUGGGUCUUUUGCUUUCUCUCUCAUUCAUAACCAAAGGCUCCUGGAGAGAGAAAAACAGGUGGAAUUGGGAAUGGCGAGCUCAGUGGAGAAGGAGAGUGCAAAUGAGGAAGUUGUCUCCUUGGAACUCCCUGCUCCUCCUGGUUGGAAAAAGAAGUUUUUGCCAAAGCAAGGUGGGACGCCGAAGAAAAAUGAGAUUAUAUUCACAGCUCCAACAGGGGAAGAAAUCAGCAACAGGAAGCAGUUGGAGCAGUAUCUGAAAGCACAUCCUGGUGGUCCUGCUGCAUCGGAUUUUGAUUGGGGAACCGGUGAGACCCCAAGGAGAUCUGCAAGAAUUAGUGAGAAGACCAAGGCAGCUCACCCUCGUGAAAGUGAGCCCCCAAAGAAACGGAGCAGAAAAACAUCAGCUUCAAAGCAGGAUAACAAAGAUAAAGAUCCUGCCCCUGAAGGAACUCAGGAAACAAAAGUUGACGACACGCAAGAUGAUCAAAAAACUGAAAAGGAUGGUGCUCAUGAUGAGACCAAAAAGGAUGAUGUGAAAGAAAAUCAAGAUGAGAAUAAAACAGAAGCUACUGCUGCUGGAGAAACCGGGGUUGGAAAAGAAUCUCAGUUGCCUAAUGAUGCUGAGAAGAAAACUACCGAAGCAGGAGAGGGUAAUUUGAAAGAUGCAUCCCCCGAGAAGGAUGUUGUAGGUUCUGGAAUAACCCAAAACGAAAAGGAAACUUCAAAUGAGAAACCAGAGGUUGGGGGGGAGAAAGGUGUUGUUCCCCGGGAGCAGGGCAAAACAGAUAUAGCGAGUGCUGAUGAGAAGAAGUAUGAAGUAGAAGAAAAGGAGAAAAUUGACAGAAAUGGGACCGGAUCCAAAGGACAACCGAAAGGGAAAGAAGCAGCAGGAGGGAAUGAGGAACAUACUAAGGUCGGAGAAGCAGCUCAAAAUGGCAGCAAAUAGCGAUGAACGAGGACGAUAAGGCUAAGCCGUGAGAAUAAUGUAGAUUAGCCGGAUGGCCACGUCUCUCUGCUCAUUCUGACCCAUUUUACUUUGUGGGGCAAAAAAUGUCUGUACUCUGUCUUAAUGUUAGUUAUCUGAUUGUUCAUUGAGACAUCCAUCCAUCUGUACAAUCAUAGUUAGACUUAUAUUUGUGACCAUCCGUUGUGCUGGUGAUACAACUUUCUUGCA